AACUGUGGAACUGGAAUAGCUCCGCAGUCUGCACUCUGCAGAGUGCAGAAUUAUUGUCCUGAAAAUUCGAAGUACUUAUUAAACUAUUAUUUAUUACUAUAAUCUGUUACUUAUAUAGAGAAUCAAGGCAUAUAAAAAACAAACAAUAAACUGUAUCAGUUAAUACUUAAUAUUAUAUAAAUAAAUAAAAAUGUCGAAUCAGAAAAAGUAUGGAUUAAUACUGCCAGAAAAAUCGAAAUCUGUGAAUUUAACAUUUAAAGCAUCACACAAUGUUUUUGGCAAUGAUUCUGAUUCUGAAGAAGAACGUAAUAAAAAACCAGUGUUAUUGCGACCAAGUGAUAAUAUAAACAGACAGGCAAAAGUGGCACAAGAAAAAGCUAUUCUUGAAGAUCCAACUGUUUAUCAAUAUGAUGAAGUAUAUGAUUCUAUGGCCACAAAGAAAGAACAACAAGUUAAAAGAAAUAAAGAAGAAAAAAAGCCAAAAUAUAUUGAGAAUUUACUAAAAACUGCUAAUAAACGAAAAUUAGAAAAUGAGCGCAGAGUUGAAAGACAGAUACAAAAGGAAAGAGAAAAGGAGGGAGAUGAAUUUGCUGAUAAAGAGGUAUUUGUCACAUCAGCAUAUAAACAGAAAUUAGAAGAACUUAGGCAACAGGAAGAAAAUGAGAAACGGGAAGAGUACCUAGAAAACAUUUGCGAUGUAACUAAGCAACAAGAUUUAGGUGGGUUUUAUCGACAUCUAUUUGAACAGAAAUUAGGUACUGACGAAACCGCUAAGGAUGAGGAAUCAGUUCAAGAAAGUUCUAAAAAGACUCUUAGUACAGAAGAAUUGGCAAACUCUACACAAUCUAAAAAGAGGAAUUAUAGAAAAAGAAAAUCUUCUCAUGAUGUGAAACUGUCAGAUGGAGAAAUUGAGGAUUCAGAUGAUGAAGUCAAUAGAAACCAAUUAAAUGAAAAAACUAAAAAAUCUAAACAAGAAGAGAAUAUUGAUGCUGAUUCAGACUUUUCUAUUGAUGAAUCCAGUGAUGAAGAUACAGAAACACCUAAAGAAACUCUUGUACCUACAGUAGAUGAUAAAUUUAAAACUUCAAUUAUUAAAGAAGCUAAUGAAAACACAAAACAGAUGAGUCCAAAACCUAAAUUAAAAGAAGAAAUCAAAAUAGUAAAACCUAAAAUUGAUAUAUGGAAAAAGAGAACUGUUGGUGAGGUGUUUGAGCAAGCUGUAAAGCGAUACUAUGAAAGGAAAUCUUCUAGGGGUUGGUAAUCAAUUGAAAGUCUGAACAGUAUAAUAAAAUAUUUAAUUAAUCUUAUAAUA